AUGUCUUCCAACGUCGGUCUCACAACACCACGUGGCAGUGGCACAUCAGGCUAUGUGCAGCGCAACUCUGCAUUCAUGAAACCGCGCAACACAGGCUAUGGCGCACCCUACCCACCAGUCUCCGGCGCCAACGGCCCAAUCGACCGACCCUUCAAGCAGCGCAUGCCCGACAAGCAGAUUCUCGAGCAUGACCGGAAGCGCGCAAUUGAAGUGAAAGUAAUGGAAGAGCGGGACCGAUUGGAAGAAGAGAACGAGCGCAUUGAAGAAGAGCAGAAGAGCAAGAGCAAGAAGAAGACCGAGGAAGGCGAAGCUGAGGAGGAGAGAGUUCUUGAAGAUGAGGAGAUUGAUGAGCGGUGCGAGGCUCUGAGGAAAAAGUUACUCGAGGAGUUGGAUGAGGACUUGGAGCGUGGUGAUAAGAAGAUUGAUAGGAGGAAUCUGAAGUCUUAUCAGGUCCAUGAGCUUGCGGAGGCGAAGAUCGAGGAGACGGAGAGGUUGCGUCGUGCCUUUGGGUUGAAGGAGGAUAGGGAGACGGGGGAGAUCACAAAUACGAGGGAUCGAGUGCGCAGGGAGCGCGAGCGCGACUGA